UUUCCUGUUUACACCUUCACCAACAAUCAAUCGAAUUCGAUCUUUAGCAUUAGUGUAUUAAGGUUGAAUUUCGUAGAAAGCGUGUAAGAUGACUACCGAAUGAGCAACGAACGCGUAACUAACUCAAAUUGUGUUCAGUAACGCGAGAAGAGUUUAACUGUUGAGGUGGACGGGAAUGUGCGGUGGAGUGGGAUAAAGAUUCGGUUACAUUACAUACAGCUAAAAAUGGAAUUCAUUCAUCGAACAACCUUGGUAAUUAUUCUGAGUUCCCUCGCUGAAAUUUGUACCAGUUACGAAAUCCUAGUAAUAUUUCCGGAACCUACAAAAAGUCAUGGAAUUUUGGGCGAUGGCUAUGUACGAAAUCUCUUGGAUGCCAAUCAUAAGGUUACGUACAUUACUCCAUUCCCCUGGAAGGAACCACCGAGCAAUCUGACGCAAAUAGAUAUCAGCUCUAAUCUGGAAACGUUUGGCGACUAUUUCCAGAACUUGACAAUAGAAUAUCCGAAUAACUACGAAUUCCUGCAAAUGCUGUCAUACACGAUGGGCCGACUCGUUGUCACCCAUCCUGCAGUGCAGGCCUUUCUGAGGAAGCCCGACGUCAGAUUCGACGUAGUGGUCGCCGAGUGGAUAGACUCUGAAAUGUAUUCUAGUUUCGCGGGCUACUUCUCUGCUCCUCUGAUCUGGUCUGUAUCGACGCAGCUCCACUGGCAGCCAAUCCGACUGAUGGACGAGGCUCCCAAUCCCUCGUACUCGGCCGACGUCAACUCUGGAUAUCUACCGCCUUUGAGCUUCGUGCAAAGACUGAAGGAACUCAAUGUGCAGAUUAGGAAGCUUUGGAUAUUACGAAACAAAAUCCAUCCUCUUGAACUAGAAAUCUACGACACAAUCUUCAAAUCGGCUGCCAUGACGACGGGUAGAGAUCUCCUGCCAUACACAGACAUACCGAACAAUUAUUCAAUGAUGUUAGUAAACACUCAUCCUUCAGUUGCAACGCCGUGGAGGGUUCCCCCGAGUGUGAAGGAGAUAGCUGGUUAUCACAUAAAAUUGCCGGUUGAGGAUUUAGAUGCGAAUUUACAAUCCAUUAUGGACGCAUCACCGCAAGGUGUUGUUUACUUUAGCUUCGGGACCACCAACUCUGGAAAAGACAUGGAAGACGUAAUCCGCCGGAAAAUUUUAGAACUGUUCCGAAGCUUAAAUCAAACGGUUUUAUGGAAAUUAGAUGUACCCUUGGAAAAUCUUCCGAAUAACGUACAUUUGAUGCAAUGGGCUCCGCAGACUAGUAUACUGAACCAUCCAAAUACAAAAGUUUUCAUUACCCAUGGCGGUCUUCUCUCUCUUAUCGAAGCGAUACAUUUUGGGGUGCCCAUGAUAACGAUACCGCAUGCUGGUGACCAAUACAAUAAUGCAGCAGCUGCUGUCAAGAAAGGGAUCGCCAUAAAGCUGGAAAAUGGCCCCGGUCUUCCGUCAGAAUUGAGAGAUUCGUUGAAAAUGAUGCUUAUGGAUUGGAAGUACCGGGAUAACAUGAAACGUGUGUCUCGCACGUACCACCACCGGCCUGUAUCCCCAGGCAAAGAGCUGGUGCACUGGGUGGAACACGUGGUUAUCACUCGCGGGGCCACAUACCUGCGCUCCCCUGCACUCCUGGUACCUUCGUAUCAAAAAGGGUACCUGGAUUUAGCUGCAUUAAUUUUAUUUGUUAUUACUGUCAUAGUCCUAAUACUUUUUUUCAGUAUUCGUUGGUGUUUAAGAAGGAUAAGGCAGAAAAGUAACUGUAAAAAAUAAAA